AUGCCUCCAGAGAACGUCACCUGGGCCCGGGGGGUCCCGGCUGAAUUCAUCCUCCUGGGCAUCACGGAUCGCUGGGACCUGCGCCUGACCCUCUUCCUGAUCUUCCUGCCCGUCUACCUGGUGGACCUGCUGGGAAAUGUGGGCAUGGUGCUGCUGAUCUGCGUGGAUGCCCGGCUCCACACGCCUAUGUACUUCUUCCUGGCCAGCCUCUCCCUGCUGGACGCCUGCUAUUCCUCGGCCAUCGGCCCCAAGAUGCUGGCGGACCUGCUGCGGCCCCAGGCCACCAUCCCUUACGCAGCCUGUGCCCUGCAGCUGUUUGUGUUCGCCGGGCUGGCCGAUGCCGAGUGCUGCCUGCUGGCAGCCAUGGCCUACGACCGCUACGUGGCCAUCAGAAACCCGCUUCUCUACGCAACGGCCAUGUCGCCGCGGCUGUGCCUGACUUUGCUGGGCGCGGCAGGCCUGGGUGGCGCAGUGAGUGCCACUGUCCACACGACCUUCACCUUCCGCCUGAGCUUCUGCCGCUCCCGGGAGGUCAACAGCUUCUUCUGCGACAUCCCCCCACUGCUGGCCAUCUCGUGCGACGACACCCGCCUCAACGAGCUGCUCGUCUGCGCCCUCUGCGGCUUCAUCCAGACGGCCACGGUGCUGGCGAUCGGCGUGUCCUACGGCUUCAUCGCCGCGGCCGUGAUCCGCGUGCGCUCGGCCGCGGGCCGCCGCCGGGCCGCUUCCACCUGUGGCUCCCACCUGGCGGCUGUGGCCAUGCUGUACGGCACCCUCAUAUUCAUGUACCUGCGGCCCAGCUCCAGCUACGCCCUGGACUCCGACAAGAUGGCAUCUGUGUUCUACACCCUUGUCAUCCCAGCCCUCAACCCGCUCGUUUACAGCCUGCGCAACAAGGAGGUCAAGGAGGCCCUCGGGAGGGCCUGGCGCCGGCUCUGCGGUCCGGCAGGGGGCGCCCGUGCCAGGUCGGAGCGGGCUGAUUAG